AUGACUAGCCCCUGUGUUGACCAAACUUGUCCCAAAACCUCUUCCCCACGUCAAGAAUCAUUGCUUGUUUCGGGCUCGAACACCAUGGUCAAGACCAGGAAGCGUUCCAAGAAGACAGCCGUGACCGAAAAUCACACAUUUUCUGAACCGGCAGAACUAUCUCCGUCCACGAAAGGAAUCAACAGCUCGGGGCUGGCAAUCUUUCCUGACGAGCUACUCCUCGAGAUUAUGUCCUAUUACCCUGCACUCCCCCUUCCAAGUGCCGGCAUAAGCUCGAAUGACAUCGAUUUGUCUGUUGCGCGACGCGAGUUGCUCCUAGCGUUAUCUGGAACAUGCAGCAACCUGCGUAGGUUUUUCCGACCAUACGCGUGGCAACGCAUAGAAGUCUGUCGGGACAUGACAGUCAACGGAUGCAUAUUGCGCGGUGGGGGCGUUUCUGAGAACAAGGAGAUCAACCUGGAACUGGUCCGACCGCUUGAGAUUGUCACGAUUCGCGAUCCUAGCCUGGCCGAGUUUGUCCAGGUCGUGAAUGUUCAAAUAAUGGAUACUUCCAUCGACUCCGUUCUGCGAGAGCUUGCCCGUUGCAUGGCUAUGUUUCCCAACCUCCAUACAGUGAGAUUAGUCAUUUCCUUCGGUGCUCAUAAGAAAGGGAGAGAGACACCUGUGAAAAACGCCUUCAAGAACCAUGCAUAUCCUCAGAUCAAGAAUUUGGUGCUUGAAAAGUUUGCCUACCCAUUAAUGCUGUCCUGCCACCGAGUCCAAAGCGUCAAGAGCCCUUGGUCAUACCCCUGGUGGAAUUCAGACCCGCGAUACAGAGAAUUUGCUGCCUCGACUCCGUCGCUGGAAGACGUUGGAUACCGAUUUUCCUCUUCCACAUGUUCUGACCUUUAUCUCUUCCCCAAUCUCCGGAUGGUCUCCUGUGACAUGGGCUUCUAUCCCCCAGACACUCACAGUCAGGCGUUCAAACUCUUCAGUGCCCUUUCGGGACUUCCACACUUGAAGACCAUCAAGGCGUGGAUUCCUUCUAACCAACGUUCAAUGAAUGCUGGUCUUUCUUGCGAGGAAAUACUUGGCCGACUGAAGAAGAUCCUGCUCGACAUCCAGAAGGUUGAUCACGAAGAUAAAAUAAUCAUGCACUACGACCGUUCCCACAUAGCUGAAAAGGUCAUACACCUCCGUUUUUCAAAGAGGCCAGUUGAGGAGGUGCACAAUCAGUGUUGA